AUAGAUUUGAACUUGAACCGUUCUUGUAUUAUUAUGUAUAUAUGUAUGCGCAUAGUAUAUGAAAACAACAUCGUUUAUAAUUAAAUUACCUCUAGAAGAAUUUGCACGAGCUUUUUAUAAAUUGAAAUGGGUAAAGGCAAGGGAGGAAAGGGCGCUGCUGGUGGUGCUCCACCAGCCCCUGCCGCAGACAAAAAAACAACUGGUGGUGUUAAAGGAGUCGAUCAAAAGGCUGGUAGUAAAGAUACAGCUCCAAAAGGAGGGAAAAAAGGUGGAAAAAAGUGAGAUAAUGAUCCGUGUACCUUCGUUUAUUCAUAUUGAUAAUAUAAUAUAAUGCGUAUAUUUGUGUAUUUAUAAGAAUUGCGAAAUAUAAAUUUUGUUUUGUUCGACUUUUUUUGGCAAGAAAUUGUAAAUUUAGGAAAUAUUUAAGUAUGAUUGUUGGUGUUUUCUGUUAUUAGUGUUAUUAUUACUUCUAUUCCUUAAUUAUUGAUUGUUGCCGGUCAGUCGCAUGGUAAGUUCAGAAAAACGUCCUUGUGAAUCAUUUAAGAUUAACUCCAGCCACAAAUUACAAAUUACAUCAAAUUACUACUUCAACCAUGAAAAAAAUUGUGUCAGCUGACUUUGUUUACAGAUCUGUAAUCUGUAAUGGUCCUGCAUAGUGAUUUGAUUACCGAUAGAUUAGUGAUUUUGAAAUUUGCUGGUGUCGGCACCGUUGCCACCGUUUAGUAAUUGUGUACUGUAGGUCAAAAUUCAGUUUAUAUUUUUUUCUCGAGUAGUUUGUUGUCGAGGAGAAUAAGAUACCUAUAAUUAAAGUAAUGGAAAAUUAAUCGUAAAAAUCCACAAAAGAAGCCUUAAAAAGUGUAACUGAACAUGACAGCGUUAUUAUAACCUAAACAAUAACAUAACCUUUGCGAACAGAGAAAGUUUCUCCGAUUCGAAUACGAAAAUGCCGAUUUCGAGCAGUUUCCACGCUUUCCUGGGAGCCGCAGUUUUAGGAGUCCUAAGCGCUGCCGGCUUGUACCUUGUGGAACACUACAGGCACGAGAAGUGCAGACAUGCAAUGGCUAGAGACCUGGCUCGUUUGGAUCACGAGCUGUCUCAAGUGAAGAAGGAACUAGACCAGCUCCUGACAAAAAAGAAAGAGAAACCACAUAAACCUAGGAAAACACGGCAAGUGAGCAAGGCGAAUUCUAUUCUAUCCACCACUACAGACGAUUAUCUAAGCGGCAGCAACGUGGACAGCUCCGACUUGGAAUUUUACGAUCUGAGCGAUAACGAAGAUGUGCCAAAUACUAGCAGUACUAUCCUAGAAAUUGUUAUCUCUGAAAUAGACAGGAAGUUAGAUGGUGGUACACUGUCGGAAUUGGAGAAAACUCUAGAAAAACUGGAAGAUCUGUGCGUAGAAUACCCGGAAAACCCAGAACUGCUGUGGCGGAUAGGCAAAGCGCAUCAGAAAAUAUCCGAUAAGAGCGACGACACCGAUUUUAUACGGGAACACGUCACCAAAGGUAUCCAGGCAUGCGCUACGGCCUUGGACCUCAAAUCGGACGAUGCUGAGAUCCACAAGUGGUACGCCAUACUGAUCGGCUCAAGGAGCGAUUUCGUCUCCUUGCAGGAGAAGAUAAGUGACGGGCAUUUGUUUAAGAAACAUGUCGACGAGGCGAUUGCUUUAAAUCCUCAGGAUCCCGCUCUCCAUCACAUGCUCGGCAGGUUCGACUACGAAGUCGCGGGACUGAAAUGGUACGAGAGGAAAGUGGCCGCCGCCCUGUUCGCCGAGCCCCCCAACGCCACGUACGCGGAAGCCCUGUCGCACUUCAUGAAGGCGGAGAAACUGGCGCAUUUCGAAUGGAAGGAGAACAAGCUGAUGAUCGCCAAGUGUAAGAUAACGAGCGGGGACUACCAGGAGGCGGUCGAGUGGCUGGAGCGGGCGAACGGUUGCAAGCAAGGCGACGGCUUGGAUGAUAAGGUGGAUUCGGAGGUGAAAGUUCUCUUAGAGAAGUACAACAGUUAUAGAUAGUUAUUAAUGGGUGUUAUUUAUUUUUUUAUAUCGUUUGUUGUCGGUAGUAUUGUUGUGUUUGUCGGUUGGCGCGUAUACGUCGCUGGGUUACUUUUUAUCUAUUGUAUUCAAUUUGAUUUUAGCACGUUUUAUAUAUUUAACACAUUAAUAUUUUAAACUAGUUCAAAAAUAUGAAUUCGUUGUGUCCAGAUUCUAUUUGUUGCGAAUUUUGUCCUGAAAUUAGCAAACGAAAUUUUUUUAACUGUCCAAUUUUUUUAACUGCCUCGUAGCUCGUAUUUUCCAAACAAAUGAAUAUUUUCUGAAUUUUUGCCGUUGGAUACAUUCCCGAUAACACUUGGGACACUGGAGAAUACGGUUACGUUUUAUUUGUAGAAGUUAGGAAAGACUGAUCCUUUAAAAGUUCAAAGCCAAGUGUUUUACGUAAUUCGUGACGUCCUUGAUUGGCCGGCACUUCAUUCCGUAGGAUUAUUUUUAGAAGCCGGCACCAAUUUUUACAAUUGUUAUGACAUGCAAUACUUAAAUAUGUUGCGAGUCAAGGGGAAUUUUACAUGCUUCUACCGUGAACAAAGUUCGUUAACUGGAAUAUCGAAUGGCCAUUAAAUAGUGUCUACUCUUCUUGUUUGUUAAUAUACACACUGUAUAUUUGUAGAUUUAGUCCGAAAAUUGUCUUCAGUGCAAUAUUUGAACAGUUUGUUGAGAAAUUCCAGGACCGGUCUUAAAAAAUUUAAUUAGAAGAGUUUGUAUCAAAAAAUUCACCCUGUAUACGAUUUUCUUUUAAUGUAACUAGAAAUUUUAAAAGUAGACAAAUGGGUAAUGAAUCUAAAUCUGCAAAUGACCCUGUAUAUCAAUAAAGAAGAAAAGUAGACACUUUUUAAUUUUAAUGGCUUAAUGACUUCACGGUAGAAGUUUGUAAAAGUCCUCAUGACUUACCCUGUACAUUUAGUUGGUUACUCCAUUGGUUAAAUUUAUUGAAAUAAUAUUGGAAAAAUUAAUAUACAUGAUUAUAAUUAUAGUAAUAAUGCAAUAAUUGUCCAAUAAAGGUUAUGGUUAUCGAAA